UUUUAACAUCAAAAUUUGAGUUUAGGUAGUUAGAAAAUUUUAACUUGACGUAUUAUCGGUACAUUAGUAAUUGUAUAUUGAACAGUGUUUCUUCACUGCAGAUUUUGUUGACAAAUUUUAAGAAGAAAUUUAAAAUGAAACCGAUUUCCGUGUAUUCAAUUACUUGUUGAUUAGUUUUUCUUUUCCUACUGAAGACCAUAUGGUGUGGCUAAUAAGACGAAAGGAUGGUGUUUCACCAAUAUUCCCUCUUCGUGGAUGCUUUUGUUUGGAUAAUCGUUUGGGUUGUUUUAUCUCAACGAUAACCACAGCAAUUAGUUCUGCUAUUUCAUGGAUAUUUGUAGUGCUAGAUCUGGUUACUUGGGCAAUUCCAGAUUUUGUUAUUGAUCCUCAGUUCCCAACUUAUUGGCGUAUUAGAUUUUGGAAAGGCUUCAUAUUGUGUGAUAUCUUCAUGUUUUUUGCAAAUCUUAUUCUUUUGAUAAUGUCCGUAAUCGUGAUUGUUGCUAUUUCUUGGCCAGCGAGAUACAGACUUUACCAUUUGAAAUCAUAUCUCCGAGCCUGGUGCAUAAUCAUGAUUUUGUACCAGAUCGCUAAUCUAGGAGUUGGUGUUUAUACGUACUCUUGGUAUGGACUUGCUGCAUGGCGUGCACCGUACUUGAUCUUCAGUGUGAUGUAUUUCAUUGUAUGUUACGUUCUCUAUGUGAGUUGAGGUUCAUUUCAUCUUCUGCGUUAUUUCAGUUUGUCCUGUUAGCCGUCGUCCCAUCGUCGUUGUCCAAUAUGUGUAUUAAGAUUCGUUUUCAUUAUAUUAUAAUAUGUUGUCGUUAAUUUCUUUUGCAGCUAUGGUGUUGGAUAAUUUGUUGGUCGUAUAAGGUAGAGAUUGAUAUCGCUCUUGAAACUGAGGAUGAUAAAAUGGCGGUUUACAUUUAUUCUCAAGUAGACGAAAACAGUCUGAGAACUGGAAUAUCUUCUUUUUACAAUUAGAACACACUUAUUUCAAAUCAGAAAGACUGUUAACUAAUCGUGUUUCUUGUUUUAGGUUGGGUUUUUGAUAGUUGGAUAUUCAUACUAUUCAGAAAUCAGGCUCGCACUAGUUGGAGAGGGUGAUCCAGAAGUUUUACAGGAAAUCAACUUCCUCAGUGGAGCUGCGAGUACAAUGUCACCUCAUAUCUAUACCUUCCCACAAAACCAAAAAAUAUAAGUUAUACUCUUUUGAUAUUAGUGCCACUGAUUUCAUGAUGUGUUGACUUCUGUCAUUAUAACGGUUCUAAAUAAAAAUAUUUGGAGAUGAUUAGACGUCAAAAACUUGUUUAUGAGAAAAAUUCUACUGAUUUUAACUGAACCUUGUCUUUUUUUAACACAUUAUUGUCUUGUGGAAGAAGCUUUAUGCUCACAAUUUAGAUUUUUGAUUCUCAAUAAUUUAUUUGUUGAAAAGUGUGCAUGUAUUUAUUUAUUACCAAUUUAGAUAUCUGUUAAGUUUUUAUGUAUGUGGUUUGACAUCAUACACAGUUUGUAAUGGUCUAUAUGCAGCAGAAUAUCAAGCAUUCACAGUUUACUGCAUUGAUAAUUUUUACAUGCUGAACGUAUCACUGAUAGGAAAUAAAAGUAUAUAAGUUUGUUUGGGACAAUUCUGUUGAGAGUGGAUGUAAACAAGGUCCAUAUGACUAGGUCGGCUAGUAAGGAGUUGAAAAGCACGUUUCUCA